AUGUCCUUCGCCAUGGUUCACCCGUCUCCCGCCCGCUUUCUUUACUCGGACAUCACUCCUCUCUCCGAGGACGACGAGAACGGCAGCGAGAGCUCCGGAUCCGACGACAAAUCCUUCCGUCUCUCGGCGUCCAGCUACGCAGCCGACUCUCGCAGACGGAAAUGCGCCCACAAACCGGCGGUCGGCUGCGUGGACCGUCGCUCGCCCGUCCCGGAGGUCCCGCAGCGCAACACGGCGAACGCUCGGGAGCGGGAUCGGACAAACAGCGUCAACACGGCCUUCACCGCUCUCAGGACGCUCAUACCCACGGAACCGGCGGACCGCAAGCUGUCCAAGAUCGAGACCCUACGGCUGGCCUCCAGCUACAUCUCUCACCUGGAGAGCGUACUGUUAGUGGGGGACGGGUGCGCUGAUGGCCAGCCCUGCCACAAAAACCACGGGGCUCCGGACGGCCGGCUCUUUAACCCCCAGAGGACCACGGACCCGAGCUCGGACUCAGAAAACUCGCAGCCCAGACAGAUCUGCACCUUCUGCCUCAGCAACCAAAGACGGCUGAACAAAGACAGAGACAGAAAAAUGGUUGUCUCGCUGGCUCAUUACAGGCACAAGCCAGCGGGAGAAAAAGAGAACGAGUCGGAGAGACGAAGCCCGGAGCCAGCAGCGGCAGCCGAGCGCCAGAUCCCAGCGCGCUCCGUCCCGUCCAACCGGCCUGGGUUUUAA